GAGACAAGCCUGCAGCCUAGAGGUUUUCUGGGGCUCCCUGGGUGGUGAGGUGGAUAUGGGAAGCAGAUGAGCGCAUGGGUGAGGAUGGGCAGAGCCCAGAUUGGCAGGGCCCCACAGUGCCAGGAGCACAGCCUGUGGUGGCCUGCGGGGGAGGAGAGACUGAGGACUAUUCUGUCCAGGGAGCGUCUCCCACUACCCUGCAUCCAGCACCCCCCUCAGCCAGAAUGACACCCCCUGAGUGUCCCUGUAGGGUGGCUGUCAUCCUACACGUGCGGCCAGCAGGAAGUGUGACUGGCCCAACACUUAGGCUGACGACUUGGGGCGCCCUGCUGGCCAUGGGCAGAUGGGGUGGGGAGCCCUGACUUUGUGGCUGGUGCUGGGCAGGCUGAGACGCUGGAGAACUGGACCCAAACACCCCUCCCAUGGUGCCACCUUCCCCGUCCCCACGCAGGGGAGCCCCUGAGGAAGGACCCGGGGCAACUGAAGAAUGAAAAGACGGUCCCCAAAUUAGCUGGUGGCAGAGAAGGGGCAGUGGAGGACUUCCUGGGAGAGGAGGUUGUGAAGGGUGGGAGGAGGGACACCCCAGGUGGGGGCAGUCCUGAGGGGCCUAUGUCCCAUUUCCUGGGCUCCUUCCUGCCACGGCCCCACAGAGGGCACAGGGCAGGGUAGCCCAACCCUCUCCAGCUGUGGACUCUGCCCAGGAGUUUCCACUGCUCUGAGCAGGCUGGCAGGCCGUGGGCAGGCCCAGCCAGGGAUCCCCAGGAAGCCACCUGCCCCCCUCCCCUGUGCCAGAGGCUGACUGACACCAACCUUAAAGCACCAUGGACAGCACACGAAGACAGAGGGAGUCCUUCUCACUCACAUCCAUGACCAAUGGACUGGAGAACCCAGGUGCUGAUGUCCUGGAGAGCCUGGAGGAAGGCCGGAGGCCAGCUAGCAGCUUGAGCCCUGAGGAAGUUGGGGGCAUCCUGAGUGAGGCACCCUCCAUGUCCACUUCUGGAUGCCCCUCCAUCCCCAGGAGGAGCCUACAGCCAGCCCGGAGAGCCCGCACCUUCUGCCAGGAGCACACACAGCUGGGCCGCUGGGUCUUCAGGGGCCUGCUCUGCACUGCCUUCGGCGCCUUCGUGCUGGUGGCCUGCCUCCUGGAUGUGCACCGGGCACUGGCGCUGCUGGUGCUCACGGUGGUGGCCCUGCUGUCCCCGGCCCUGGGCCUGUUGCGAAGGCUGCUGGGUCCCUGGUUUCAGGGGUGCACCCAACCUCUGAGGAGUCCCCAGCGGCGGCUCUGGAUGAACAGAGGCCUGGCACUGGCUGCACUGCUGGGCCUGGUGCUGUGGCUGGCUCUGGACACGGCCCAGCGGCCGGAGCAGUUGGUGUCCUUCGCGGGUGUCUGCAUCUUCCUUGGCCUCCUCUUUGCCUGCUCCAAGCACCACUGUGCAGUGUCCUGGCGCGCUGUGGCCUGGGGCUUGGGGCUGCAGUUUGUCCUUGGGCUCUUUGUCAUCAGAACGGAGCCAGGCUUUGUGGCCUUCCAGUGGCUGGGUGACCAGAUCCAGGUCUUCCUGGGCUACACUGUGGCCGGCUCCACCUUCGUGUUUGGAGAGGCGCUGGUCAAGGACAUCUUUGCCUUUCAGGUGCUGCCCAUCAUCAUCUUCUUCAGCUGCGUCAUGUCCAUGCUCUACCACCUGGGCCUCAUGCAGUGGCUGAUUCUCAGGAUCGCCUGGCUGAUGCAGGCCACCAUGGGCACCACGGCUACCGAGACGCUGAGUGUGGCCGGGAACAUCUUCGUGAGCCAGACGGAGGCACCCCUGCUGAUCCGGCCCUACCUGGCGGACAUGACACUGUCAGAGCUCCACGCCGUCAUGACCGGGGGCUACGCGACCAUUGCCGGCAGCCUGUUGGGCGCCUACAUCUCCUUUGGGAUUGACGCAGCCUCCCUGAUCGCAGCCUCAGUGAUGGCGGCCCCCUGUGCACUGGCCCUCUCCAAGCUGGUCUACCCCGAGGUGGAGGAGUCCAGGCUCAAGGCUGAGGAAGGGGUGAAGCUGACCUACGGAGACUCCCAGAACCUUCUGGAAGCUGCCAGCAGUGGGGCCACCAUCUCUGUGAAGGUGGUAGCCAACAUUGCAGCCAACCUGAUCGCCUUCCUGGCUGUGCUGGCCUUUAUCAAUGCCGCCCUGGCCUGGCUGGGCAGCCUGGUGGACGUGCAGGGCCUCAGCUUCCAGCUCCUCUGCUCCUACGUGUUGCGGCCGGUGGCCUUCCUGAUGGGUGUGGACUGGGCUGACUGCCCGGUGGUGGCCGAGCUGCUGGGCAUCAAGCUGUUUCUGAAUGAGUUUGUGGCCUACCAGGAGCUCUCGCAGUACAAGCAGCGCCGCCUGGAGGGGGUGGAGGAGUGGCUGGAUGGCAGGAAGCAGUGGAUUUCUGUCCGGGCGGAGACGCUCACUACCUAUGCCCUCUGUGGGUUCGCCAACAUUAGCUCCAUUGGGAUCAUGCUGGGGGGCCUGACUUCUAUGGCUCCCCAGCGCAAGAGUGACUUCUCGGGGAUCGUGCUGCGGGCCCUGUUCACGGGGGCCUGUGUGUCCCUGCUCAACGCUUGUGUGGCGGGGGUCCUGUAUGUGCCCAGGGGGCCCGAGGUGGACUGCUUGAGCCUCCUGAACUCCACCCUGGGCAGCAGCAGCUUUGAGGUGUACCAGUGCUGCCGCCAGGUCUUUCAGGGUGGCCCUGGGUUCGGCCCGGUGGCUCUGGAAAACUGCUGCAGCUUCUACAACCACAGCCUGUGUGCCUAGCUGCACCCUGGGGCAUGACCACGGUGGCACCCCUGCUUCUGAAACCUCAGCGGCCCCCUGGAAGGGUGAGGGUGCAGGGGCAAAGUGGGGCGCUCUCCCUGGUGAGCCACAUCCAGACUCCCAAUUAGAACAUGUAUGGAGGGGCUGGGAAGACAGCAUAAUGGUUCUGCAAAAAGACUCUCCUGCCUGAGGCACCCAAGGUCCCAGGUUCAAUCUCCAGCACCAUUGUAAGCCACAGUUGUGCUCUGAUUAAAAACAUAAUAAUAACAAUAAAAUAAAUGUGUAUGGAAUCACAA